AUGAAAUACCUCAUCAGCUACGAUAAAUCUACUUCAGUGACUGUCGACGAUGUCUACGCAUGUGCGGAGUACUGCGGGAACAAGGGUGUGAAGGUGUUUUAUUACUACACAAACGGAACUUGUGUUGCGAUCAGCCGUGUGGCGAGCUAUACGAUAGAAACAAGUGCGGUCAUAGGUAGGAAAUUUUCUUAAAAAUAUUUUUUGCAUCUUGAUUCCUCGAAAACUGAUGAUUUCAGAUUCCAAAACCCGCAAUUUCACCGUGUAUGUGGCGUCGGCGCGGAAGGGAUGCACCUGCAGUGACAUGGACUCGGAAAAUGCGCAGAUAUCGAUUAUCAGUCUCAGUAAGUGGCAUAGAUGAUGAGUUUGUUUGCAAAGAAAGAUAAGCAAAACAUCACUUUGGGCGCCGGGCAACGCGGACCGCCAGACUAAAGGAAAAUAAGGAAGAACCUCGAAAUACCGGAAAUAGAAAGUGAAAGAAAUGGAGAGGAUUUGUCUCAGCGGCUAGCCCAGAAGUUGGAACGUCUAGCCAAAACUUUAAAAGGGCCUCAAAAUUAUCAAAAUACCCAUAAGUUUGACUAAACAUUCAUGGAAGCUCAAAGCCCACCUAACGCAUUGGCUAGCCGUUGAAGCUAUUCCGGACCGGAUUCAAUUUUUGGCUAGCCAUGUGAGAUUUUUCAGGUUCUUACUAGUUACUUUUGUAGUGGCGGUCCGAGUAAUUAGGUUAGGAAAAAGCCGUAUGGGCUGCUUUACUUAGACUGUCGGUGGACUUGCUUCUAAUUGUAAGUAAUGAAGCCGCAAGAUAGCACAAUGAUGGCUUGUAGUCGAAUAAAACACCCGCGGAGAAUAUAGUCUGUAACUUUAUAAGCUCCUAAUAACACGCAACAAACAAUAGUGUUCUAUGAAAGUUACAAGAUCUCUAGAGAUUAGUAUCCGAUCCGAGUCAAUGAGAACAUGCCGGAUUGGUCGACAGGCUGCGGCAAAGGGUCAGAUGACCAUUAUUAUUAUGGGACCCGAAAAGGGACAGGAUAAUCAUCCUGAAUUGACGUGAAGUCUAUAGUGGUUGAGUUUACCGCGUCGACAGACUUCCGAUCUCACUAUCCGUGACCCGGGUGCCUAUUUAAUUUCACGUAUUCUGCAAAUUGUGGCUUCUACUGCGCAUCUCCUUAUUUAAAGUAAUCCGAAACUUUUUUUCAGCAUAUGGCGAGAACAUUUGUCCGCAGGGCUUUAAUUACGCCCUCGACAAGGCGAUGUCUUAUCUGUGUGUAAAUACGGUAAGUUAUUCUGCGGUCUUCUGCUUACGAGUGGAGUUUAUCAAUUCUUGAAAAUUUUACCUCGCGCUUUACCGGCGCAGCCGGGAUGUUCUGAAUUCUUGCCUUUGGGAAAAUGAGGGGAGUCAGACAGAGGAAAAAGCAAUUUUUUGGCCAUACGUUUUUAUAAUUUUUUUUAAAAUUUUUUUUUGGCGUUUCUGCAAAGCGCCAGAAAAGAAUUUCGCAUUUGUCGCAAAAUUUGUGUAAAUGUAAAUUUGUCGUCUCGGAUUUGUUGUAGAGAAUGAAAUUCUGCACAUUAUGAAAUCAUCGCUCGUUGUCAUAGAUAAGGGCGCUUUUUUCGAACAUCCAGAAUCGGCGAUUGAUUAUGUAUGCAAUUUUCUUUAACAAUUGUCAAAAGUGGCCUAGCUCAAAAAAUCUGCCUCAUGGUUUCACUGUCAAAAAAUAAAAAAAAAAUGGCUCAUUUUUGACAUAUUUCAGGUGGCUGAUUUGGACGAUGGUUCAGAUCCGUAUGGCCAUAAAUUCGACAACUUUCGAGUCGGCGUUACAACGAAUGUCACAGGGUAUCCGGAGCAAAGUCAGUAAGUGCAAUUUUAAUAACAAACUUACAUAAUUUCUAUAACAAUCUAAAUUUUAAAAUCUUUGAUUCCAGAGUCAACAACUACGUGAUGAACAGAGCUCGUAAGUGGUAUAAAAAUAAAGCAAACCAUAAAUUUAGAAGCCACAGAGACCGUGAAAUACACAUGCAGCAAUGAUCAAGCGUUUGUUGUGUUCUUAUUGGAUGGAUAUUACUGUCAUCUGCAAGUGGAUUUGUAUAUUAACACGACAGUUCCAUUGGUUCAAAAUCAUUGCAAGCACUAUCUAACCGGAGGAACUCCGGUUAAAUUGUUCAACGAGAUGAUUCGAGGCUUUUUAUACAGUAAGAUUUUACUCAUUAGGGGAAGUGUUCGAAGUUCAGUGUUAUGAUUUUUUUACCAUCUAUUCACACGACAGACCAUGUCAAUUUCUGAAAUUUUUCGGUCGCGCUUUGCAAGGCCAGACACGUUAUUCAGCCAUCUUUGACGGAUAGAUAGUGCGUGAUAUGAGGAGAGCGGCCAGAGAAAAAAGCGUUUUUUAUCUCUUUGUCAACUUUGCACGAAAAAAAUGAUUUUUUUGUAAAAACGUUAUGUUAUACGGUGGAGGCAUGGCUAGAAGACCGGGACAGGGCCUGAGAAAAGCCCCGGGCCGGCCUGACCACUUCGGCCCCCCAAAAAUCGACCCGGCUCGGCGCCAUUGCCACCCCUAGCCAUUUCUGCGACCGUGGGAAAAACCAUGAGCCUUUGUAAUGCCUAAAUUUGCGAAACAUGUCAUAUUUUUCCGACUUCCGUGCAAGAAAACCUCGAUUUUUUUCAUCAAAGCGCAAACUAGCAAUUUCACAAAUGGCUUACAAAAAAUAAUCUCAAUUGGCCCAAUUCUCGUUAAUAUCCGAGCCUCGCACUUUGACCACUUCCUCUGUCAAACUCUCUUACAUUUUACUUUCAAUCGUCACCAUAUUACACAUGAUACAUAAUAUAUUAUAUUUCGCCAUCUUUUCCAGUAAAUCACGCAGGCUGGCCGGUGGUCGGAAUUGUCCCGAAUGGCACAGGCUGGAUGUAUUGGGACAAUACGACCGUUGGGAAUGAUAUUGUCUGGCAAUCGGGAUACCCUGGAGAUGGUGAUAUUGCGAUGAUCGGAGUUCAAGGCCUUAGUAUGUUCAAUGGGCCCGAAAAUGUGCAGAAUCAGUUCCCUUGUAUGGCUAGUGCUACCAAGAGCUAA